UUAAUUGGGAAAAAUGGAAGAGGUCGAAACGGAAAAUCGUGUCAAUUUUAUAACGUGCAUCAAAUGGGUGAAAAGAGGAGUGGCAAGGGGUCAACCCGAAAAGGUACAAUUAUCCAAAGCCGAGUUAGUUCAAGUAAUUAAAGACACAAAGAAAAAAUUAAGGGUCACAAAUGAAGGAGCACCACAAGGGGAAUCCUCAACACAAGAUGAAUUUAAUUUAGAAAAUUAUGACGAUGAAAAUGAGGAAGAAAGCACAGCUAGCGCGCUAGGAAUCAGUUCUUUGGCUGAUCUUCAAAAUAAUGCAGAAGACAACUUUUCUGAAUCUGAUGAUUCAGACAAAGAAGAUGAAAUUAUUAAACCUACAGAUAAUUUAAUAUUAGCGGGGCACGUAGAGGGAGAUGCGAGUACGCUUGAAGUCUACAUUUAUAAUGAAGAAGAGGAAUCUCUUUAUGUCCACCACGAUAUUCUUCUGCCUGCUUUUCCUUUAUGUUUUGAGUGGCUAGAUUAUGAACCUAACGCCCCCAAGGGCAACUACUGCGCGGUUGGUUCAAUGACACCAAUUAUACAAGUGUGGGACUUGGAUAUAAUAAACUGUAUAGAACCCGCAUUCUCAUUAGGCAAAACCGGCAGCGUGAAAAAAAAUCGGGCUAGAGUAGGCCACAAAGACGCAGUUCUUUCAUUGGCGUGGAACAAGAGUUAUGAACAUGUUUUAGCGAGUGGUUCUGUAGACAAAACAAUUCUUUUAUGGGAUCUAGAAACUAAAACACCAAACACAACAAUUACGGCGUUCAAUGAAAAAGUUCAAUGUUUGCAGUGGCAUAAACUAGAAGCACAAACUUUAUUAGCGGGCGCGUGUGACAAAAAGGCGAAAAUUUUCGACUGCCGCAGCCCAGAGUCCCAUCAAACGUGGGAUAUUCAUGGUGAAGUGGAAACCUUAGUUUGGAAUCCUUUGCAGCCGUUUUCGUUCUUUGCUGGGUCUGAUUCAGGCCACCUCCAGUAUUUUGAUUGUAGACAAGGUCAACUGUGGUCAGUAGAAGCCCACGAGAAAGAAGUUACUGGUUUAGUGGUCAGUAAUCAGUGUCCUGGUUUACUGGUUACCUCAUCUCCUGAUGGAGCAGUAAAAAUUUGGGAUUACACACAAGACCAAGUCACUUUUGUCCACGAAAAAGAUUUUAAUCUGGGACAAGUACAGUGCUUGGAUUUAUCGCCAGAUGCGCCGUUCGUUAUUGCCGCCGGUGGCGACAACAAAUCCAACAAUUUUUUGGUGCAUGAUUUGAGAAAUAUGGACGUUGUGAAAAACACAUUUGGAACACGACAACUAGAAGAAUUAGUUCCAGACACUAAUGAAGAAAGUAUGAACACUGAUUGAUUCCAUUAAACCACAAUGUAAUUAAAAUCACAUUUUGUAUGUUGUAAAGUAUACAAUAAAAACUAUUUCCCAAAGAAA